AUGCCCUCGCCCGACGAACCACCACCACGGCCACCACGGUCAACUGCAGCAGCAACGGCAUCAUCCUACAUCUCCUCUCUACCAACGGACCUCCCCGCCUCGCAGGUCGACUCGUACAUCGCCUCUCUCAUCCUCCGCGACUCGACGGCGCGCGCCAGCCAGUACGACAAGCACGGCAUCGCAGCCUACCUCGACGGUCGCGACCCUUCCUCCUCCUCGCCCGCCGCUGCAACGCCAGGUCCGCGCGAGUACAACAAGCGCUUCCUCGCCUCGGUCCUCCGAAACGUACAGGGACACAACCACGCCGUGAUACGGCAGCAACUCGUCGAUGCCACCCGGGCCAACCGGCACCGGUACCGCGGGGGCGUGGACGAUAAGGGGAAGGCGAGGCAAAGGGGCGACGAGGGGGAGGAAGAUAAGGACGAGGACGAGGAUGGGCACCGCCCUACCCGCUCCCGCUCCGCCUCCCCCGCUCCGGACGCACAGGGCUACUCGUCGAAGAUGGACAAGUACUUUGACGUCGCCUACGACCCUACCACCGACGUCACACUCGACGACGUCACCGACCCGCGGACAGGGUUGAUACGAGGUGACGACGAGGGGUGGGACCGACUGGCAGGCAUUCUGACGGCCGACGAGAGGGCAAAAGAGGAAAAGAGGCAGAGGAAGCGAGAUAGGGAUCGGAUACGCGCCGAGAGGGAGGCAAAGAGGAGGCGCAGAGAACCAGGCGGCGACAAUGCAAGGAGCACGAAGAGGCAUAGGGACAGGGACAGGGAUCGCGCUUCCGUCGACUCGGAUGGGCAGCCAGACUCGGCGAUGGCGGCGACAAGCGAGCGUCGACGCCACCGCUCCAGGUCCAGAUCGCCACGACGCGACGCAACACACCACCACCACCACCAUCGCCGUCGUCGGUCUCGCUCGCCCGCCUCUGACGACGACGACAACGACCGACGACAUCCUUCCCGACACCACCGGAGCGACCACCGUCGACAUACGAGCAAGAGGCAUCGGACCUCCUCUUCCCGUCGUGACGCCUCACCCUCGCGCCACUCUCGUUCUCGCCGCGACCCCUCCCCCUCCCCACCACGGCCGCCGCCGCCGCCGCCGCCAAAGGUGCGCGAGUGGGACUUAGGCAAGAAUCUCAGCUUCUAG